AUGGAACAGAAACUCCGAAGAGUCGACAGAAUUUCAUCAAAACGAUUGCAAGCUGAAUGGAGUCAUUUAUUCGUUGACCAAGAAGAAAAACGAAUGAAAAUAGACGUGGGUAGAGUAGACAAAAUUCCUGCACCUUCAGAGCAAAAUUCUAACAAUUAUGAUAGCAAUGUGGAUGAAAAGAAUUCGGUCGACAUAGAAAUGUGGGAAGCAUCUAACGGAGACGAUAGUGUUGAGUCAGAGAAUAAUGAUUGUGAAUUCACAGAUGAAAACAGUGAAGCGCCGGUUAUUAAUGAAUGGGAUCGAGAAGAUGCUCUUAAUUUCAUUGGAUCAGUUUUCUUAUACAAUAAAGUCAGUAAAACAAUAGGAAAAGACAUUUUUCAAAUCUCCAAUAUUUUAAAGAAUCAACCCGAAAUUCAGAUUCAAGAUGUAUGGAAAGUUGUUGAUCAUUGGAGUGAUCAAGAAACUCGAAUUUAUGCUUUUUGUGGUACCUGUAGCACAGUUCUUCUGGACAGUAAGAAAUGUGGAAAUGUAGGAUGUUCUCGAUAUUCGUUAUCUCAAGCAAAUGUAGCAAGUUCCAAAAUGAUCGUAACAUUUUCCAUCAGAAAACAAGUGGAAGAUCUUCUUAGCAAUGGAUCAUUCGAUGAUACACUUCUGAAUCGUGGAUUAAAGAGCUCAUCAUUGUCCUCUAGACUCUGCGAUACACCACAAUAUAAAGAGCGAAUAUCGGAAUGUGAAACCAAAUACCCUGAUUACAUUACAUUACUUUUAACAAUGAAUACCGAUGGAUUCAGAAAACGUGGAAACUCUAGAGGAGAAGUAUGGCCAGUUUUUUUGGCUCCCAGCGAUGUUUCUAUGAAAAAGAGUUCCUUUGAAGAUUAUCGUCCGGAAAUCGUGAUGAUGUCAGCAAUCAUGCUAACGACUAACAAGCCUAAUGAUUCGGAUUUUUCGAGUAUUUUUGAACGUCUCAAAAACGAAAUCGACGAUACAACUAAAAACCCUAUUCAUGUUUUAAUCAGAAAUGUGAAUUACAAAGUACGACUUGAAAUCUAUCAAUGUGUAUUAGAUAUGGACGCUAGCAAAAAGAUUUACGGGUAUCCUUGUUGGCAGUCAUAUGAGGGCUGCUCAAGAUGCUCUGUUCGCGGUUCUCGAGAACGAACGAAAAAGGGAAGUAUGAUUUGUUGGUUCACACAAAGGGAGACAGUGAUCGUAUUUAUCCUGAAAAAUGUUCUAAACAGCUCCAGUGUUCCCAAAGGCCGCUCAUCGACAAGUCUAAUCGAUCCUAUUAUUCUCAACAGUAGAACAGGAAGAGAAGUGCAAGAGAUGUACAACCAAGCUCUUCCAACAUUGUUGAUUUGCUGUGAAAGAGCAGACACCUGGCAAGCCGCCGUAUUAUUUCACUGGCUUCUCACCAGAAUGGCGACAAGUCCGUUUUUAAACAUCUCAGACUGUAACUUCUUAGAAAGCUUGUCUCAAGUGAUACGGAAUUUGUUGGGAAUCGCGUACCCUUUACUAUACACAAUGAAGCUUCACAUUAUCCUGGAUCACAUGGUUCCAAAUAUAAGAUUCGAAGGCAGCCCAUUGAUAUCAAGCGCUGCUCCAUUUGAACGUCUCAACCAAUCACUUGGACGAAACACAGAUGUUUAUACAACGCGAUCUCUUAUCGACAUGACAACAAAGUUCAUGGCGUCGCAUCGGGCUAACUAUUAUUGUGAGAAAGCUGUCGCAAAAACAGGAUCGCCUGUCCUUUAUCGCCUGUCCUUAUACAAUGAGAGCGAUAUCUGA